AUGGCAACUUACGACCAGGAAUACUGGCAGGUCAUUGAACCAAUGGCCAAGGCCCAAGCGGCCCAGCCCAUGCCGCCACCGAAAAACUGCCUUGAGAUCCGGGCGCGAUCGCGCAAGUUUAUGGAGGCGGUGCUGCAGCGGAUGCCAUUUCCCGAGAACGUGACGGAGACGCGCAUCGACGUGGUGACACCAGACGGCCACACGGUUCCGGUGUACCGCUAUGCCACGGCCGAACAACUCGCGCGCAAGGACCAGCCGGUGGUGUUGUAUAUGCAUGGUGGCGGCAUGGUAUCGGCAUCGGCCCAGCUGUACCGAACGUUGAUGGCGACGCAGGUCAUCGAUUUUGGCGUGCAGCACUUUGCCGUCGACUACCGGCUGGCGCCCGAGGCAACGGCACCGGUGAUGCUGGAAGAGUGCUACAGCGUGCUGGCGUACCUCUCGGGCCACGCAGCAGCGCUGGGCAUCGAUGCCGCGCGCAUCGGCGUCGCCGGCGACUCGGCUGGCGGCGGCCUGGCCACGGGCGUCACGCUGAUGGCACGUGAUCGCAGCCUGCAGCCGCCAGUGGCCAAGCUGAUCGUGCUCUAUCCCAUGCUAGACGACCGCACGGUGCAGCGACACCCGCCCAAGGGCGCUCGUCUGUCGGGCGCCAGCACCACCGACGACGACUGGGCCAAGCGCUCUGUGCUCGUCUGGAGCACCGAGCAGAAUGCCAUGGCCUGGGCGGCGUAUCUAGGUCUCGGCAAUCCCGGCACGGACGGCGCGCUCGAGGCGGCCACUGCGCUGACUGAGGCCACCGCCAACGACGCCGGCACGCUGCCGUCCACCAUCACCCCUUACUCGGUGCCGGCCCGGGCCGAAUCGCUGGUCGGCAUGCCCAGCACGUACAUCGAUGUCGGCGCGCUCGACCUCUUCCUUGAGGAGGCUGUGCACUUCGCAGCCAAGCUGGCGCGCGAUUCGGUCGAGUUCGACUUUCACGUCCUGCACGGGCUGCCUCACGCCUACAACCAGGUGGCGCCGUCCAUCACGGCCGCACAGUCGGCACGUGCCCUGCAGAAAGGGGCGUACACCAGCUUUUGA